GUAAGCCCCGCCCCAUUAGCGUGACGAAACCAAUCGCUAUUGGUCAGCAAAAAAGUACUUCCUGCUUCGCUUCAGAGCAACGAUGGCACACAAGGUGCAAUAACUGAACAUAACAUCUUCUGUUGAUGGUUUAGAUGUGGAGCAGAAUAUUGAGUCCUUGUCUAUUCAGGGGACUGACUUUACACCGGAGGAGUCUCUUCACAAUGCAGCUGAGCUCAAGCCAGUUCAAAUGUCUGUUCAACGAUGGGCUGAAAGGAUUAGCAGAAGUGUUUGAGAAGCACCAGCAUGAGCUCAGGAUAGCUGGAGGUGCUGUACGGGACCUGCUGUCUGGAAAGCAACCUGAAGAUGUGGACUUUGCCACAACGGCCACUCCAGACCAGAUGAAGCAAAUGUUCCAAAAGGCUGGGAUCAGGAUGAUCAAUAACAAAGGAGAGAAGCACGGGACCAUUACAGCCAGACUACACAAUGAGAACUUUGAGGUGACCACAUUACGAGUGGAUGUUCAGACAGAUGGACGUCACGCAGAGGUGGAGUUCACCACAGACUGGCAGAAAGAUUCUGAGCGGAGAGACCUCACCAUCAAUUCUAUGUUUUUAGGUCUUGAUGGUACGUUAUAUGACUAUUUCAAAGGAUAUGAAGAUUUGCAGAACCGUAAAGUGCGGUUUGUUGGCAGUGCUGAACAAAGAAUUCAGGAGGACUAUCUGAGAAUAUUGCGCUAUUUCAGGUUCUAUGGCAGAGUGGCUUUGGAACCUGAUGAACACGAGCCAGAGACACUGACCGCAAUAAGGGAAAACUGCCGGGGACUGUCUGCCAUAUCAGGAGAGAGAAUUUGGACUGAACUAAAAAAGAUGGUGGCUGGUAACCAUGUUGCUCAUCUGCUGGAGCUGAUGUACAGUUUGGAACUGGCUCAGUACUUAGGUUUACCUCCAGAUGGCAAUGUUGAGGAGAUGAAGCGAGUAUGGCAGAAUGCCAAAGACUAUUCUCCCAAACCUAUGACCAUCCUAGCUUCUCUCUUCCACUGCCCAGAGGAGGUGGAAAAGAUGGACCUCCGACUGAAAGUGUCCAAGGAGGAGAAGGUUCUGGCUCUGUUCCUUGUCAAACACCGUCGAGAGCUCUGCAAGAGUGAAGAUGAGCCAGAAAGCCUGAAACCCUUCACUGACUAUAUAAUUGACAGUCGGGAGCUGGACUCCAAUAGUAAAGUGUGUGAGCUACUGAAGUAUCAAGGAGAGGAGAAGCUUCUGGCAGAGCUCAGCAGGUGGUCCAUCCCUCAGUUCCCCGUCAGCGGUCAUGACCUAAGAAGACUUGGUGUAACAUCAGGCAAGGAAAUCGGUGCCACUCUGCAGAAGCUCCGCAACAUCUGGAAGAAAAGUCAUUAUCAAAUGGACAAAGAUGAACUCCUUAGCUACGUAAAGACGUAAAAGACAAGCAGUGGUGUGUUUGUGUACCAGAGAGUAGAACACCUUAGGCUGGAAAAAAAAACAAUUAAAGGCCUGACACAUACGCAUACAACUUAAAUUCCAACAAAUGCCACUUUUGUUUAUCUACUUAAUUUAAAUAAAAAAAAAAACGCAAACAUAAUUUGAAAUAACUGCAUAAAUACUUUUGAACACCGACUGAAAUCUUGACUCUGCUACUGUGUCAAUGUUGUGAAGGAGGAUAAAACAUGAUGGCAAGAAAUCAGUGCUGGUAAAUUAAAUAAAUGUGAGGUAACUCGCUAUCUA